CGGAGCCCGGACUGAGGUUGGAGUGGCUCAGAAGAAUCAGAGAAGGACCGAAGCGCAGCGAACCUGGACGGUCUAUCGCUCUUUUAAAAUACAUUUCCCCUCUUUGUCAACAAGUUGUGAAAGUAUCCACCCCAUGAGUGGUAGAUGAAAGUCAGGCUGCGGGUUUAAUAUCAUCGGCAGUUUCGGAUAAAUUUGUUUUUUUGAGUUUUGACAGAGGUCGUUCACUGCGCGCUACAGCAGCUCCACAGCACCGUUUGGAUUACUCAGUGGACGUGUUGUUGUUCAGGGUAAAACACAGCUUUAUUCGUCUAAUACAGACUUCACCGAAAAGUUUGGACCGCUGUCAAAGCGCACUUCUACGUGUCUUUUAGGUAUGCCUGUGGUCAUCAGUGUGUCUCCGGACAGGUAACCAGGUGUGUUGCUGCUGUCAUGGCCUCGCCAACCCUGCGGCUGUUUCCUGUCACUGUGCUCACAGUCCUUGUGGCGCUGGUGUCGUCUUCAGUGGACCAUGAGUGGCACUUUAACCCAGCUCAGUGUCGUUACGCCCUGGGGAUGGAGGAUGGCACCAUCCCAGACUCUGACAUCACUGCCUCCAGCGCCUGGUCAGACUCCACUGAAGCCAAACAUGGAAGGUUGAGUACUGGAGAGGGGGAUGGAGCGUGGUGUCCUGCUGGAGCCGUUUACCCCAGUGGAUCAGAAUACCUACAGGUAGACCUGCACAAACUCCACUUCCUGGCUCUGGUUGGUACCCAGGGUCGUCAUGCCGACGGGCACGGCCAGGAGUUUGCCCGCAGUUAUCGACUGCGCUAUUCCCGCGACGGACAGAAAUGGAUCACCUGGAAGGACCGCUGGAGCCAGGAAGUGGUGUCAGGGAAUGAGAACACCUAUGAUGUUGUGCUGAAAGACCUGGGCCCUCCCAUUGUGGCCCGCAUGGUGCGCUUCUACCCUCUGGCUGACCGGGUUAUGAGUGUGUGCCUUCGGGUGGAGCUCUAUGGUUGCGUUUGGAACGAUGGGUUGAAGGCUUACACAGCUCCAGUGGGUCAUGUCAUGCACCUGUCUGGCAUGCCUGUCUAUCUAAAUGACUCCACCUAUGAUGGGAGCACCGAGCAAGGGAUGCAGUUUGGGGGCCUGGGUCAGCUAUGUGACGGUGUCCUGGGAGGAGACGACUUCAUACAAACUAAGGAGCUGAGGGUGUGGCCUGGGUAUGACUACCUGGGCUGGAGCCGGGAGGCCCUUGGUCAUGGCAGCGUGGAUAUUGAGUUCCACUUUGAGAAACCACGUGUUUUCCACAACAUGCAGGUGCACAGUAACAACCGCCACACCCAGGGCGUGCGAGUCUUCAGCAAGGUAGAGUGUCUUUUCAAGCCUGGCAUUCUUCAGCCCUGGUCCUCUCCUCUCACUCUGCCCGUGCCCCUUGAGGAUCUGAAGGACCCCUCCUCACGACCCAUCUCCCUCCCACUGGGUGCCCGGCCGGCUCAGAUCCUCUGCUGCAAAUUCUACUUCGCUGACCGCUGGCUGCUCAUCAGCGAGAUAUCCUUCCUCUCUGAACCAUUUGAGGAGGAUGUCACGGAGACUGAUUCAUUUCCUCCUAAUCUUCCCAAGAAUCCUACCAACAGUUCUUCUCCUCCCUCUGUUAACCACACCUCCUCAUCUCCCACAUCAAGCCACAGCACCUCCAACACCACCGCUGACCCUUCUGAACCCCCCACCUCCACCACCUCCUUCAUGAUGGACACCACUGGUAACUGGACGCUGUCAGAUCCAGAUUUUGCUGCUAACACUCCAAGGGCGGGGCUUCCUGUAGCGAAGGACGACAGCAGUAAUACUGCUAUUCUGAUUGGCUGCCUGGUGGGCAUCAUCCUUCUCCUGCUGGCGGUGAUAGCUGUCAUUCUGUGGAGGCAGUACUGGAAAAAGAUACUUGGCAAGGGCCAGGGCAGUCUGUCCAGUGAUGAGCUGCGGGUCCACCUGUCAGUCCCCUCGGACAACGUGGUCAUCAACAACACACACAGCUACUCAAGCCGCUAUCAGCGCAUCCACACCUUCCCCGACGACCGCGACCAUGACAGAGAGGGAGAAGGGGAGUACCAAGAGCCCAGUGCCCUGCUGCGGCCACGGGAUCAAAGAGACAGCACAGCCUUGCUGUUAAACAACCCAGCCUAUCACCUGCUCCUGUCAGAUCACAGAAAAGGCUCGAGACCCCUAGUCGUCCCCGGCACCACUCUGGCUCAGGAAAAGAGCCUCAAUGUGCCCCAGGCCUGUGGUUUGGACAUGGACAUGGAGAAGGGUUUCCCCCCAACUCAGGAGGAGCCUCCUCCCUACCCUGGCUCCCCUCCUUACCCCUCCCUGUCUCCCCCUGUGUCUCCCCCGCUGCCUCCCAGCGUUCCUCAUUACGCUGAGGCCGACAUUGUGAGCCUGCAGGGUGUCAGCGGUAACAACACCUACGCCGUGCCCGCCUUGGCCUCCUCGAGCCCUGGGGCCGACGCCGCCCCGCUGCCGGAGCUGCCACGCCAGUGUCUCAUCUUCAAGGAGAAACUGGGAGAGGGACAGUUUGGAGAGGUGCACCUGUGUGAAAUUGAGAGCCCUCAGGACCUUCCCAACUUGGAGUUCCCCUUCAACGUGAGAAAAGGUCGCCCUCUUCUGGUAGCAGUGAAGAUACUGCGCCCGGAUGCCUCCAAGAAUGCCAGGAACGACUUCCUGAAAGAGGUGAAGAUCCUGUCUCGCCUGAAGGACCCCAAUAUCAUCCGUCUGCUGGGAGUGUGUGUGAGCAGUGAUCCCCUCUGUAUGGUCACUGAGUACAUGGAAUGUGGAGACUUGAACCAGUACCUGUCCCACCGAGUGCUUUUGGACAAGACAGGGCCUUCGCACAAUACCCCGACCAUCAGUUACCCGGCCCUCAUCUCCAUGGCCAGCCAGAUCGCGUCAGGAAUGAAGUUCCUUUCCUCCCUCAACUUCGUGCACCGGGAUCUAGCCACGCGCAACUGUCUGGUCGGGGGUGAGAAGGGUGAGAGCGGAGAGGAUCAGGGUGGUGAGCGUCACAUCAAGAUAGCGGACUUUGGCAUGAGUAGGAACCUGUAUGCUGGAGACUACUAUAGGAUCCAGGGCAGAGCUGUGCUGCCAAUACGCUGGAUGGCCUGGGAGUGUAUCCUCAUGGGCAAAUUCACCACGGCCAGCGAUGUGUGGGCGUUCGGGGUCACUCUGUGGGAGAUGUUGAGCGUUUGUCAGGAGCAGCCUUACUCCAACCUCACAGAUGAACAAGUCAUCGACAACGCUGGGGAAUUCUUCAGAGACCAGGGCAGACAGGUGUACCUGAGUAAGCCGGCUGUGUGUCCUCAGGGUCUCUACGAGCUCAUGUUGAGUUGCUGGAACAGAGACUGCAAGCUCCGCCCAUCCUUCGCCUACAUCCACUCCUUUCUUACCGAGGACGCCAUGAACAUGGUGUAGAGAGAGAAUCCAAGAAACACACGAAUGAGAAAGGCAACAACGCUAAAGGGGGGGUGGGGGGACAUCUUGUACGUUUAUGCAUCCUUGCUACAGCGGGAAGGUGUGGUGGAGGUGCUGCACAGUGGAGGCGGAUGAGAAGGAAGAGUGGGUUGCUCGCUUUUUAUAUUUGUACUCUUUUGGGUGGAUGGGGCUGAGACACCGCUGGUUCGGUUUAUUUCCACGUCAGACCCCAACCCCAAAGGCAAAACUAACCCCAGCUUUAGAUAAGGUAACAGUCCGAGCUACAUUUCACAGUGGUUGGUGGUGGGUGCGGUCGGCAUAGGAACUUUCUCUCUUCUCAGAUACUUAACGUACGAGGAGGGUUUGUGUGACUGGUGAUUAAGUGCUGUAGAGUUAAUGACACGGGAAGCUGCAGGGGCUAAAUUACAGAAAAUACACCAAACUAUGAUCAUAGCACGCUAGGAAAUGAAAAAAAAAAAGUUUCCUGACUUUUGUUUCUUCAACAUCUCAUAUACUACAUGCAGGGUAAUAGGUGAAGGUGCACAAACUUUUCUCAACCGAUCAUUCAUAUAAAAGUGCACACACAGGGAUUGUCUUAGUAUUUAUAGUAUGUAUAGCCUAUUGUACACAUUUUAAUCUAAUUUAGUAGGAUUACUCCAAGCUUCAGUCCAUUUUGCCCAUCUGAGACACAAAAAAUUAUAAUCUACUAAAAGUCCAUGAGAAGACUUUACCUUUCUGACAUUGCUGAAACGUGAGUGAUGAGGAGAUUUUUAUCAUGUUUGCUGACCCUUCAUCAGUCCGUCUGUCUCAACCCCAAAACCCUCUUACAUAGUCCCCUACAUCCACAGCUGUACCUCAAAGUUAUUGUGGACUAAUGUGAAAUGAUGUGGACCAGAGAACAGCAGCCCCCUUUCUGCAAUCUGACUAUAUAAGUUUGCCCUCAACCACAGACAUUGUAGUCAAGAAGCCCAAGCAGUUUUUGAACCCCAUCUUUGAGCCACAGAGAGAAGAACUGUAUCCCUGGUGCCAAAUGGACUUCUCAAACCUGAGGAGACAGGCACAGAAGAGGAGGGGAGAGUCUGUUGCUGCCGAUUGGAGCAGCUUUUCCAAGCAGAGAGACAAUGCUGCCAGCCGGGGCGGCGGACGGGACAUCUUCAGAUGCGCCUGCUCAGGUGUUUUUGGCCAUUUUUUUUGUAUCUGGCUGUGAUCCAGACACAAAAGGAUAGAUGUAAAAUUCCACGACCAGCUGCACUUUAAAUCCUAUAUGCGUAUCCCUGGCCACGAUGAAACUCUUCACUGUGAGGGCCCUGAUAUGAUUCCUGUCGAUGUGGAUUCGAAUGCAUUUCACUUGCAAUGCUUUCAGAUAUUUGCCAAGGGAGAUCAAAAUUUGGGACAGCCUGUCUGCCUUUUUAAACCCUCUCCCACAAGGCAUUGCCAAACCAUUAGAUGUAAAAUAUUAUUUAAAAAAUGGAAUGGCACCUUCAGUUCAUCUCAUUUUAAAUGUAUGACAACCAUUUGUUAUGAAACUAUCAGUGCAUUGAGAUGUCUUCACUCAUCCAAACGCAUGACUGUCUUUUAAAAACACAGUUAUGAUACGUUAAGUGGGAAUGCUGAGUUAUGAUUUUAGUGUGAAUGUCAACAUCAACCUCUGCAUUCUCCCAUGUUAGUACAUUAAGCUGACUGGUAGAAUUAAUGCAUCUACCGCACUACAACGGUACGGUAUAGCACUGUAAAUCAGUCCUGGGAUGGUCAAGAUUAUCAACUAAUACAUGUUUACUGUGCCAUUUGAAUCAUUUUUGAUACACUGUAGUUCAGCUAAACCCAUAUUUUUAUAUAUACUGUAUGUACUUAGACACUCCUUGGUGUCUGAUUUCGUCCUUUUGUGUCUUUGAAGUUGAGCAUAAUAGUAUGUACAUAUUUUAAGGACAGAAUUGUAAUUUCCUUUACUAAUAUAUGGAAAACUCUUUGUUACAUUUGGGGUCUUCUGUAUCUCUGUAGAACGCUUGCUACCUUGAUGCCAUUGUAAUUCAUUGUUGUCUAUUUUUGUAGAUGUUUUAAUAAAGUUAAUCUUUUCAAAUAAA